AUGGCUCUCCACAUGCCGCCGCCCGUGUCGCCAAAGAUUACGGGACCCCUCGCCCCCCGGACCGAAGGGAAGGGCCUGGUCCUGACGUGCCAGUCCCGUGGAGGCCGGCCUCUUCCCAAGCUGGUCUGGUACAACGGCACGACGCGCCAGCCCCCGGUACGGUCUGUCAGCAGGGUGCUGCACAAAUCCGAAUCGGUGUCUUCCGAACUGGUGCUACCUUUCCUGACGAGGUGGGAUAAUGGCGCCAACAUCAGCUGUGUAGCAGACCAGGGCUUCCCGAAAAUAGCGCCGCCCAGAAGCACCUUCAGGCAGAUCCACGUGCGAUACGCCCCUGUUGUGAGUGUGCCCGAGCCGGUAGUGCAGGCGGUAGAGGGCGCACCUGUCAACAUGACGUGUGAUGUGGACAGCAACCCCGCGGCUGAAGUCCUGUGGAGGAAGUUCGGAGGAUCUCUCCCUGAAGGUGCACAACAAAGAGGACCAGUCCUGACCAUACCGAAGGUGACCAGACCUGAUGCUGGGAUCUUCCAGUGUCGGGCCGACAACGACGUCAAACCAGCGGGCUUCGGGACAACCACGCUAGAAGUGCUGUAUGCUCCGUCCAUCAAGCCUAGUUUCGAGCCCGAGGUGAGCGUGCUGUACGGCCAGGAGGUGUUCCGGCAGGACUGCACGGCGGAGGGGAAGCCCCGGCCCCGUGUGCGCUGGCUCAGGCACGACACGCACCGCCUGUACGAUAACCCGCUCACGCUGGCGCCCGUCACCUACCAGGCCGAGGGGCGCUACGUCUGCGUCGCCUCUAGCGUCGGGUUUCCGGACGCCAACAGGGAGACGUCAAUCAACGUCAUAGGCAGACCCGACGUCCUGAGCGAUCCGUCCACCACAUCUCUGGCGGGAGGAGACUCCAUCCGGCUCACCUGCACCAUCGCCGCCGACCCGCCUCCGGACAGCCUGGUUUGGACGUUCCGCGGACAGGACGGAGAGGAGACCCGUUACCAUGGCGGCAAGAACGGUGACGUCACCGUCACCACGGUCGUCACGGACAGAAUACGGAGCGUACUGGCUAUAGACUCCGCCUACGCCUGGCACUCCGGGGACUACGUGUGUAAGGCCACCAACAUGUUCGGGUCAGACCAGGAGGAGUUCAGGGUGAGGGUCAAAGGGUCCAAGUGGGUUCUCAUCGCCGCCAUCAUCGUGUCAGUGGCUACGGGAAUUCUACUGGUGACUAUAGGCAUCCUGUGUCUCGGUCUGAGGAGGGGCUGGAUCUUCUGUAGGAAGGCUAACGGUACAGCGGACAGACCUGACAUCGAUCCCGGACUCUACACGUCACCACAGGUGGACCACGAGAUCUCACUGCCGUCUUCAUUCGACAUCAGAGCCGAUCCUGAGAAAGCAGACCUGUGCCAAAGGGACCUAAUGGCGAGACGGUUCAAACCCCUCCCCCCUGCCAAACUGCCGCCGGGCAGAUUUCAGCCUGUUCAGCCUGAACACCACACGUCAUACGUGUGGACAGAAGCAGUGCCUGAUUACUCCAGCACCGAGCGGCUGAGGCCGACAGACGACAGAAGACUUCCCGACCAGAAGCAGCAGCCUCGAGGCGAUGGAGCAGCAACGUUCUGCCGAUCGGCUCGACGUGUGGACGGGCUCGGAAAACCGACAACCGACAGUGCCAGACACGAGACCGACUGGAGAACAGCUCACAGCAGGAAGGCGGCGGCAGAGGACUAUCGCCAUAGGAGAAAGCAGAUCAUAGCCAUAUUAGCGGACUAAUCGUGUUAAUGCUAUUUCACACAAGCCGUGUGGUCUACUGAUGCUCUUUGCGAUAUCUCCUUAAAUGUAGCAUUUGAUAAGUAACUUAGACUGCUUAAUAACACAGCGGUUGGACAGCCUCGCUUGGUGGAUAUGCAGUGUCUUACUUUAUCUAAAUGAAACCUUUGGACUUUACGAAGAAUAUCUGUAACAAACUAAACAUAACUGUUGUAAAUAUUGUUGAGAUGAUGAAAUGUUGCCUCCCUCCCCCAUCUAGGCUUUUCGGCCCCCUCCUCCAUCCGGCCUACCUGUUCACUCUAUCCGGAAACUAUGACAGUCCACCUUUUUUAUACAUCAUAUAUCGUUAGUUGUAAUUCCCAGACAGUGAUAAUUGCUAUCAUCAUAAGCUGCAAACGUUUUCUUUACCUGCUGGUUUCCUUCAUAACGCCUGGGAUGCUCUGUUGGGUUAUUGGUGGGAUGAAACAUUAGUUUGCUCUCGCAGCAGUCAAUAACUCGUUACGCCUCCUUAGAAGCUUUUAAUCUACAGAACCAUACUGUUUGACUGAUUUACUCACACCCGUAACGGUUCGUAUUCUCAAGCAGAUGGCUGUUUUAACUUAAAAGUCAAUUUUCCCCUUUAUUGUAAUGCCUAUAAUGUCGGGACUCCUGCAUCUAUACCAUAUUAUUAGAAGCCAAAUGUCUUUAUUUACAAAGAUUCCCCUUUCCAAUAAUUUUACAGCUGAAGUUGGCACACUUAACAUUUGAGUUGAUCGAAGAACAUGCUGCUUGAAUUAUAGCUACUUCUGUUUGAUGUUCUUCUGAG